UCUCCCAUCAAUGCGGCAUAUCGGGAAAUUCCCCAUCCCCACUCACACUCUCGUCAUUCCACCCCGUACGACGCCACCCUCAUCACCUGCUCACGGGUGCGGCCCCGGCACUGCGCAGCGGAAGUGACAUGUCAGUCGAAGCGUAUGGCACACUGCUGACCUCCACGGGCGAGGAGUCAGACCACAAUUGUUCAUCCGUGUCGCGUUGCACGGCGAUAUCUUGUUUCCUGCAGCGGCAUGGUUGCUCUCCACGCGAGAUAUGCGGUGCCGCCGGGGGACCGGAACACGAGACUGCAUACAAGGGGCAUUGUUGGGGCGGAUCCUUGCAGUGUUGCCGUGGAUGUGGUGGCAUGCAGAUACAGAAGGGCGGUUGCUGUGGAACGGUUGGGCUAGCGCGGCUAAGCGCGUGGAAGAGGCGAAGGGAGCGUUGGGAGAGUGGUCAUCUGGUGAGGGGUGCGGUCUACGGAGUAUUUACUUGCAGAUGGCCCAUUGUUUGAAUUAGAGAGCUUUUGCAGGAAGGGGGGAGGAAUAUCUGAUUAAGCAGUCAAUCUACCAAAGGGGCCGACCAGAGUGUCUCAUUGUAAAAUGGAAUGCUUAAUAAUUAUACAAAAGACUCCAGGCUGAU